AUGGAUCCUAAAUUACACACAAAUUUCCUAAAUAAAUACAGCUUUGCAAAGGUGGCCGUAAUCCUAAUCACCUCCAUCCCAGGUCUUCAUCGGAACAAAGCAAUGAGUGAUGUGGGAAUUGCAAAGGCUCGCAAGUGGAUUCAGACGAGCCCCAUACACCAAGAACGUUCGAAUCCCCCCAGUCGAUCAGCCGUGUAUGCCUUAUUUUCCAGUAUUGGGAAAAUCACGUCUGAAGUGCGAAAAGAUUUCGAAGACGCGUUCGGCAUCGCCCGAUUUCCCUCGAACGAGCUAAAGCCCCCAUGCAGUCUCCGUUCCAGCGCGCCCGACUCCGAAAACCCACAUGCACGGUCAGCCGUGCCUAACGACGAGCUGAAACUCAUAUGGCCCUCUGUUUCGUUCGUCAAAGACUGUAUCGACGGGUACUUCGCCGGAUACGAGUUGUGUGGAGACCGCCAAAGACUCUAUGCGCCGAAUGUCAUCCCAAACCUGUACGAAUACCUGAGCCGAGACGAGGCAAAAAAGCGGAUCCCUCCUCAUAUUAAGUGCUAUUACCGAAUCAACUCGGACGACCAGUCUAUACAUUGGGCCCUUCUGACCAGCGCCAAUCUAUCUAAAUCCUCUUGGGGAACGCUUCAAAAAAACAAAACGCAGCUAUUCAUCGCCAACUACGAAGUCGGAGUCCUGUUCUGUCCAUGGCUGCUGGAGGAGGUCUACGACAAUCGUCCCUCUCCGAACAGCGACUCACCAGACUCCGAGAAAAAUACCACCCAGCUUCAUAGAGGCAAUCAACCGCCAACUCCGGUCCGCUUCUUCUCGAGCAAAGUCACCGGGCUAGAAAGACUCCACACUCACUGGAGGGUGAAUUUCCCGGUGGCGUUCAAGGAGCCGAUCAAUUCGUUUCUCAAAAACCGAGCGCAGCAGCCGUGGUGCGACGACCAAGACUUUUAUGAGCAAGACCGAAACGGCAUGAUCUUCGUAAACAGGACGGUCAAAAAAAGAGAAAAUUGAGGUGAGCUGCCUCUAGAGGUCCGCUGAGGAGA